AUGAAUUUCCUACACGUAGAGAAAAUUGGUAACAGCAUUUGUCAAAAUCCAAAAAAAGAUACUUUAAUUAAAACCAAAAAUUUGAUUAUUUUAAAAUAAACACAAAACAAUAAUAAACAACAAAUUUCAGAAAUCUAAAUCAUCUGUUAAUUUAUUUUGAGAUUAAAAAUUUAUAAAUAAAGUAAAAUAUCUUUUUUUCAUUUGCUGUUUCGUUUAUACAUUUUUGAUAAAUAGAGAAUCUCCACAAAAUAAAGAUAUAAUAAUUUUUCAAUAUAAAAACUUUUACAGAAACACAUUUCUACUUUUAAUUAUAGCGAUUUUUACGUCAGAAAACAAAUAUCAUUAGAUUAAAGAAAAAAUAAAUAUUUAUAGGUUGAUUUUUUGUAAGGCAAGAGUUAAGAGUCAUUCUAAAAAAAUCUUUUAAAAUGUAAAAGCUUUGAAUUAGAAAGAACAAAGAAAAAACAAAAACAAUUUAGAAGUAAUACCUUAGUAACAAACAAAAAGAAAAUUGUUUUUGUGCAUGAAUUUCAAAAUUUAUUGAACCUUUUGCAAAGUAAUAUAAAAAAUAACAUAAUAGCAAGACUAAUCUCCUCUAUAAAAAAAAUCUGA